AUGUAUACUUUUAUUGUUAUACAACUUCUUCUAUUCAAUAGUAUCUGUGCAAUAUCUUUCUUUAAAACUAAAAAAGAAGUUAAAAAAGAUCUUGGUGCUGUAAUUGGUAUUGAUCUGGGUACAACAUAUUCAUGUGUGGGUAUUUAUAAAAAUUGUCAUGUAGAAAUCAUCGAAAAUGAUCAAGGUAGCCGAAUAACACCAUCUUUUGUUGGUUUUACAUCGAAUGGCGAACGAUUAGUCGGUGAUGCUGCUAAAAAUCUACUUACAACGAAUCCUGAAAGUACAAUAUUUCAUAUGAAACGAUUGAUCGGUCGCCAAUUCGAUGAUCCAAUGGUAACACAUGAUAUAAAGAUGUUUCCAUUUAAAGUCAUCGAAAAAAAUGGAAAACCAUUUGUACAAGUAUAUACAGGUCUUGAAGAAAAGUUAUUUACACCCGAAGAAAUUUCUGCAAUGGUACUUAGUAGAAUGCGUCAGAUUGCUGAAAGAUAUCUCGGACAGAAUGUAACAAAUGCAGUUGUUACAGUACCCGCUUAUUUUAAUGAUGCACAACGACAAGCAACGAAAAAUGCUGGCACAAUAGCCGGUUUAAACAUACUCAGAAUUAUUAAUGAGCCAACAGCAGCAGCGAUUGCGUAUGGAUUAGACAAUUUAAAUAAGAAGGACGGCGUUAAAAAUAUUCUUGUAUAUGAUUUGGGUGGUGGUACAUUCGAUGUUUCGGUUUUAGCACUUGAUAAUGGUGUAUUCGAAGUACUUGCUACCAAUGGUGAUACACAUUUAGGUGGUGAAGAUUUCGAUACACGUGUUAUGGAUUAUUUUAUAAAAUUAUUUAAAAAAAAAUCCGGUCAUGAUAUAGGUAAAAAUAUUCGUUCUAUAGAAAAACUGCGACGUGAAGUGGAGAAGGCUAAACGAAUUUUAUCAUCAGAACAUGAAACACGAAUUGAAAUUGAAUCAUUUGUUCACAAUCAAGACUUUAAUGAAAAAUUGACACGUGCUAAAUUCGAAGAGCUCAAUAUAGAUCUUUUUCGUUCGACGAUGGCACCCGUUCGGCAAGUGCUGAAAGAUGCUAAAUUAGAAAUAUUUGAUAUUGCCGAAGUUCUUCUGGUCGGUGGUUCCACUCGAAUACCAAAAGUACGGCAACUAAUAAAAGAUUAUUUCGACGGUAAAGAGCCAGCGCGUAGUAUCAAUCCAGAUGAAGCUGUCGCCUAUGGCGCAGCUAUUCAAGCAGCUAUACUAUCGGGUGAAGAAUGUACCAGUGACAUUGUUAUAUUGGAUGUGAAUCCAUUGACAUUGGGUAUUGAGACUAAAGGUGGAGUAAUGUCAGAAAUUAUUCCACGAAAUACUCCAAUACCGAUUAUAUAUACGAAGCCCUAUUCAACCACUGAAGAUGAUCAAACUUCCAUGGACAUAAAAGUAUUUGAAGGUGAACGGUCAAUGACAAAAGACAAUCAUUUUUUAGGUCAUUUUGUUCUAUCGGGUAUAACACCCGCACCACGUGGUGAACCACAAAUUGAUGUUACGUUUGAAAUUGAUGUUAAUGGUAUUCUCAAUGUCACUGCUAAAGAUAGAGAUACAGGCAAUAAGAAUAAUAUUGUAAUCAAUGCAGAUAAAAAUCAAUUAUCACAAAAACAAAUAGUUCGAAUGGUUAAAGAUGCACAGAAAUAUGCAGAUGAGGACAAAAAAAUAAAAGAUCGAAUCGAAAGCAGGAAUAAUUUAGAAGCAUAUGUCUAUGCGUUAAGAAAUCAAUUAAAAAAACCAAAUACAUUCCUUGAACGUUUAUCAUCAACCGACAAAACAACACUUGGAAAUGCUAUUGAAAAGGAAAUCGAGUGGUUUGAAUUAAAUCCGCAAGCUUCAAUUGAUGAACUGAAGACGAAUAUUUCAAAUCAACACAAAAUUACCACAACACCAUCAAUUGACAAAUUUUUUAACCAUAAGAAACGUCGAUUAAGUGAAGAUGUACAACAAGAAUGCAUAACAACAAUUAUUCAAGAAAAUUUUGAUAUUCUUUCUUCUCCAUUAUUAAGUUCAAAUAUUCACUUGAAUGAAAGCAACAGCGAUGAUUAUGAUGAUAUGAUCGUAUUACGACAAAUACUCGAAAAUAUAUUUGUUCAAUUAGAAAAUGAACAACAUAUUUUUUAUACAAGUUCUAUUAUAGAUAAAAAUAAUCAUUUAAUAUCAACAGAUAAUUCAUCUAUUGAUAUGAUUGAGACUGAAAAUAUAAAUGAUAAUGAUGUUUCAAUGUCAUUAAAUGAUUUACUACAUGAUAUUAUUAGUCCUAAUACAAGUUAUAAAAAUUUAAUUGAUAAUGAAAUGUGUUGUUCAUUGACAUAUAUACCGAUUAAUCGUCCUCCUUGUGUUAAAAUAUCAAUACCAGGUGUACAAUUUAUAACAGAUCAAGAAUUAAAAUUUGUUGAUCAACAACGAUCAUUAUUGAACGAUGAUAUUUGGUUACCAGAUGGUGCUGGUGGUGAAUCAAAGCCAAGUUCAACUUGGUUCACAGCAGCACGAGCAAUCUAG